UCAUUCUAAUGUAAUUUAAUUCAAUGCUCCCUUUUGUUUUUUCUUUCUCCUCUACCACUUCUUGCGGAUAGAACAGUCAACAGAUCUGUUUCAACAGAUCUCGCGGUGCUAUUCGAGAUUCCCUAUUUAAAAAAAAAAAAAAAAAAAAAAAAGAAAGAGAAAGAAAGGAAGGAAGGAAGGAAGGAAGGAAGGAAGGACGGAAGGAAGGAUGCAAAGGAGCCUGUGUUUUCCAGGCUUUGGGGCUGGGACUGCAGUGUUCUGAGCUCACUGAAAGCAGUCAAAGGAGGAGGCGGGACUUGGUCGAGUUCCCCUUCCACCUUCCCCCACCCUUCUCUUCCCACCUCUCUUCCACCUCUACCUCGAUUCCAGCCUUUGCGGCAGCUGCUCUCUAGCUGUUUGCACGACCCAAAGAACAGCGGCCUUUGUUCCCAGGAUGGUGAUCCGUGUGUAUAUUGCAUCUUCCUCUGGUUCUACGGCGAUUAAGAAGAAACAGCAAGACGUGCUUGGUUUUUUAGAAGCUAACAAAAUAGGAUUUGAAGAAAAAGACAUUGCAGCCAAUGAAGAGAAUCGGAAGUGGAUGAGAGAAAAUGUACCUGAAAACAAUCGACCAGCCACAGGAUACCCUCUGCCACCUCAGAUUUUCAAUGAAAGCCAGUACCGUGGGGACUAUGAUGCCUUCUUUGAAGCCAGAGAAAAUAAUGCAGUGUAUGCCUUUUUAGGAUUGACAGCCCCACCUGGUUCAAAGGAAGCAGAAGCUCAGGCAAAGCAGCAAGCAUGAACCUUAAACAUUCUGCCUUAAGCAUCCUGAAAAAGGAGUCUCUAUUGCUUUUAAAAUCAUCUUGGCUUCAAGAGAAAUCAGCUUAAUGUUGAGAUAAUAGAUUAGUUGGUUUUUUCACAUACAAACAAUAACGAAUACAUAACUAAAAUAUGAAUAUUAUGAUGAGGAUAAUGGGAGGUGUGCAUAAAAAUUUUAGAUGUCAUGAAAUAGUAUUGUUCUCUUCCAAGGCAUUUUAUGUACUUCGGUUACUUUAAAAAGCGAAGACCUGUCCUUUUUUUGUGGUAUUAUUAUUGCAGCUUAAGUAUUUCUGUAGCUUUAUGUUGAGGAAUUUAAAAUACAGAGUGAAAGAAAGAAUCCAUCUCUUGUCCCCAAAUUGCCUCAUUAAUUUUAGUUAAUAAAAAUAUGUACCAUUUUUUAAAUGGUAUAGUCACUUUGUUUUUUUUUUUGUUUGUUUUGUUUUGUUUUA